AUGUCCGAGGCCGAGGGAACCGAACUUACGGGCGAUCGCCCAGACACUCACAACACGAUGACUUGCAGACCACCCAGCGUCCCUCGGCCGAAGUUAAGUAGAACCCAAAACCUAGGUGCCGCGCAGGUGCAAAUGGCUUUCAAUGAUGAAUACUGGCUUCGCAAAACCGAAAACUGGGAAGGAAAGGCUGUUAUGGCGAACAUUCUUACGUUGAUACAGUCAAUUUGCGAGGAAGUACUAGAAGAGUAUGAAGGCCGCAUGUCGAAAACAUUUCCAUCUUAUCUGAGACAAGUCGGGCCGAUCAAAAGGGCAAUGUAUGGCAAGUUUCUCGAAUUACUUCAAACGAGUUCAAUGGAAGAGGAGGAUCGAUCUCUCAUUUUUGAGAUGAUGGAAGCAACUGACUUCCGGGACAAAGACCUCCGAGGAAGUCAAUGGUUGUUUGAGUACUGUAUCCGUCGGACUACUGAAAACCGCAGCUCUCGAGCUAAGUCCAGAGAUCCAAAGGCUAAGAAGAGACAUCGAGGCGUGGUCUAUUUCCAAGGGACUAGUAAUAUUCAGAGUACUAGCGAAAGCACUGGGCAUAACUUUUUGUAG